AUGGCAAGAAACUACACUGUCCAGGUUGCAGAUGUGCACUUCCAGGCUGUAACAGUGUCUAUUGGAGUGGACAACAGGGCAUGGCUAUGUUCGGUGGUUUACGCCAGCCCAACCCCGAGUCUAAGAGAAGCUUUGUGGUCGCACUUAACGAACUUUCGCCAGCAUGCGCUUAGUCCUUGGCUUGCGGUGGGUGACUUCAAUGAGAUCGCUUUGCCAACCGAGGUGCUUGGAGGAGACUUUAGUGAAGCUCGUGCUGCUCGUUUCCUAGCCAUGGUGGAGGCUUGUGAGUUCAUGGACCUAGGGGCCAUUGGACCGACAUUCACCUGGGAAAGGAGACUCAAUGGCCGACGCACCAUAGCCAAGCGUCUUGACAGGGCUCUUGGGGACAUCUCUUGGCGCCACAACUUCCCCGAAGCUUAUGUGGAGAAUUUAGCAAGGUUUAUUCUGAUCACCGCCCUAUACUGGUUCGUUGCCACACAGCGGUGGAGGAUCACUCAGGUCGCCCCUUCCGCUUCCAUGCAGCGUGGACAACGCAUCCUUCUUUUGGGCCUUUGA